CGAGUCACACGGAGGAGGAUCAACAGCUGAUCAUCCAUCACCUCUUCGUCUCUCUUCUCUCUGGAUCAAGUAUGAAUCGACAUGGGCGUAGGGCACCCGAGGAGGUCAUCAGAAAAAUGGAAGAGGAAGAGGAGGAACGAUUGAUUGUACCGCAACUACAACCAGAAGAAUGUUUUGGAGCAAGACAUGUCCUGGCUCUCAUGGGUUUCCUUGGCUUUGCCAAUGUUUAUGCGAUGAGAGUUAACUUAUCAGUUGCGAUUGUUGCAAUGGUCAACAACACAGCCAUUCCUCAUGUUAACAAAACGGAUUCGGAUGCUUGCCCAGCGCCAAGUGGCAACCAAACUGAGCCCACUGAGGAUGGAGAAUUUGUGUGGACUGAAACCGAACAAGGCCUCAUCCUUGGUUCAUUUUUCUGGGGUUACGUUCUGACCAACAUGAUAGGAGGGAGGUUGGGUGAGGUCAUUGGCGGAAAGCUUGUUUUUGGAUUUGGUGUGCUAGUUACUGCUAUAUUGACAUUGCUGACUCCUGUUGUAGCGCAGGCAAGCACCCCAUUGCUGAUUGCUCUUCGGGUUGUUGAGGGACUAGGAGAGGGAGUGACAUUUCCUGCCAUGAACUCCAUGAUGGCCAAGUGGAUCCCACCUCUGGAGAGGAGCAAGAUGAGUGCGCUCGUUUAUGCUGGAGCACAGUUCGGGACGGUAGUGUCUCUGCCAAUCUCAGGACUGCUGUGCCAGAGUAACUUUUUAGGAGGGUGGCCGUCUGUCUUCUAUGUAUUUGGGGCGUCAGGUGUCGUGUGGUUUAUAUUGUGGAUGUUGCUGGUCUACAAAACACCCGAGGCACAUCCACGUAUUUCCUUAGAUGAGAAGAUCUACAUUCAGACUUCACUCAACCAGUCCCCAAGUGAUAGUGGAGCAAAGAAGAUUCCGUGGAAGCACAUUCUUCUCUCGAUGCCUUUCUGGGCCAUCUUUGUAGGCCACGUUGCACAGAACUGGGGCUUCUACACUCUCCUAACUGAACUUCCCACUUACAUGAAAAACAUAUUGCAUUUCAACAUAGCGAGUAACAGCUUUGUAUCAGCCUUGCCAUACUUGAUGAUGUGGCUCAUCAGCAUCGCCUCAGGACUUCUUGCCGAUCAUCUUCGCUCACAAGGCAUUCUCACUACAACUGCGACAAGGAGAAUCUUUAACAGUAUUGGACUGUAUGGGCCCAUGAUAUGCCUGGUCCUGGUUGGAUAUGCCAAUUGCAACAAAGAUGCAGCAAUUGGUUUGCUUUGUGGCGCUGUUGGUCUCAAUGGAGCAGUCUAUGCAGGUUACAUGAACUCGCACCUGGACUUGGCACCCAAUUUUGCUGGCACUCUAAUGGGCAUCACCAACACUUUUGCCACCAUACCUGGUUUUGUAGCUCCUCAGGUGGUCGGCAUGCUCAUCGAUGGGCACGAAACAAUAGGUAGAUGGAGGAUCGUGUUUUGGAUAGCAGGAAUAGUGUAUUUUGUUGGGAAUACCUUCUAUAUCAUCUUCAUCACUGGGGAACAGCAGGAGUGGAACGAUUUGGAUAAUCCACGAGAUGAAGCCAAGGUCAUCCAUGGUGCAUCUCCACCUAGUCAGUAUGGUUCUUUUAAUCAGCGUGGAAGUCAUUUAAACCCGACAAGUGCUGUGGAUGGAGCCACUUCUCCUACAACAAUACCAGAGAUUUUUUAGUCUCACUAGAAGCCACUUUCAUGACUUGGUUAAGUGAUGUUGAGUAUUUUAGACAAUCACGUACAGGUCUCGUGGGACUUUCAAGUUUAAGUUAUUUACUUUUUUAAGGAUUAUUAUAGUCAUUUGUUAUUUUUAAACACAUUAUGGGUAAGACUUUGACUGCUGUUGUGAGUACCAAAGAUCUCUUCUCAGUUAUCAUUCGUCUCUCAAUUUUCUCUUAUGAAACAGAGAUUGACUCUAAUUUGGUAAUCUUAGACAUUCCGUCAUGACCAAGUAUUUUAUAAAGUAGUAUUUUAUACUCUGUGAAAAAAUUUAGAUUGACUGAAGUUGAAAAUGUUCUUGGGGAUUAUUUAUCCUGAAUACCUCAGUGGUCUUAUUGACUAUUUGUUUUAAUCUCAUGCUGAAUUUUUUUUUUUUAUUAACCCCUUCCCGACGGGUCACGCCUAUAGGUGUGAAAACAAACCGUUCGAAAUGUGGCGUGCGGCUGUCCGGUACAUCAAGCCAGUGAUUUGGCUUGAUGUAUCGAACUCACGCGUUUAAAGUCAGCGCGUUGCUGUGGUUUGCCAGAGCGUAGAGUUUUUUUUUUUUAGUUUUCUACACCCGUCACCAAGGAGUUAAGAAUAGACUGUGUAUGUCAUUAUACUGUGAUUUUUGAAUGGCAGUACUAGACCUUAGCAAUAUGAGUUUUUUUUAAAAUUGAAACAUGCAUGUCAUCAUCACCAUCAUCAAGGGGCUAAUGCUGAUGGGGAUGCAUGGUCACAUCCACCCUUCACUUCCAGCCAUGAGGGUCCCUCUUGGAGAGUCUCCAGGCAGGCUCUCGGCCCAUCUCUAACUCCUUGUGGCAGGUCUUGUUGAGCUGCCCAAGCCAUGACCUCCUAGGUUGUCCCAUGGGCCACCCAGGACUGUCUCGCAGAGAGACAACCAGAUGGGUAGGAUUAUCCACAGGGAAAUUAGCUAGGUACCCAUAUAGCCUGAUGAACUAACUGUUUCUUGUCCCUUCUUAGCAGUGUCCGAGCCCUACAUACCAAAGAGUGAUGUAAGUCCUGAUUGCCAUUCAGCCAAGCCAUGUGACAUGCUUCAGUGGCCUCCAAUAUCUCCAAUAUCUUUUUAAGUUCUAUGAAUGGGCCAGAGACUGCAGUAGCGAACCCACAGGCGCACUCCUCCUCCCUCAGUCUGUCCAAGUGAAACACCCUAGAGUGGCCACUGGAGGGACGAGGAGUUUUGAAGUGGAACCGUAGGGUAGCCACUACCAGCCAAUGGUCAGUGCCACAGAGCUCGGCUCUCUGGUAAACCCUUCAAUUUUGGAGGAUCCUUCACUGACAAAAAUGUGGACCACCUGCCCCAAGCAGCUCAUUAACCCCAGGGUGGUUGAGGGGCAGGAGUUGGUAUAGAGCCAGGGCAUGUCCACAUGCUGGUGGGCCAUGGCUCCGUACCUCUGGGGCCUCCUGCUGCUCUGAGAUCCCCCACAGUUUAGCCUGGGACCACAAGGCGCCCAUUUUCCAUGGGUGGCCACGAGGAGGCACUGCAGAAGUCUUGAUGAUGGAAAGAUUGUAAACUGGCAGGGGAGGCUUAUGCAGAGCUGCUCCAUAUUUUGCACUAGGCAUGCAAACACUUAACACUAUCUAGGCUACCACACCAUUGCUUCACAUCACCCUGAGCAUGAAGCACCUACUCACAUGCAUAUGGUAAAUGCAAUUACUGCAUUUUUUGUUGUCAAGAAAGUCCUCUCAUGUGGUUAACCCCCAAGUCACAAUUAAGGCCCAAUUUUCAUAAAACUUACAAUCGAAGUAUUUAUGUAAUGUUUCAGAUUUAUUUUACACAUCGGAAAAAGCAUAUUUCACUGCCACAUGUCAAAUACGUAAGCACAGUGUAGGAUCAAAGCUGGAAUGUUAAUAUAGGUACAGAUUUAGACUUCUGUGAGAAUAUAGAUUUGAUUUUCCUGGUAGACCUCAGUUUAUGGUUGCAUUCCAGAAUCCAUACUGUAAAAGGAAAUUAUGUAAAACAAGACUAUUUUUCUAAUAAGAAAUGACUAUAAAAGACAGGAUGCGUUCCCCAACUUCCCUCCCAGAUGUCUUGACUCUUAGAGCAUAUGAAUACAGUUGAAUUUGAUAAAAUAAAACUACUUGAACAGAAUGACAGUGGAGUGGGUAAUGGGUGGCCAUUCACAGAGACACUGAGUCGUAGGGGCCAGGCUUGUUUGCUGGCUUUCGUCUUCUCCUUUAAGAAUUUUUCAUGACAGCUAAAAUUUUCUUUGGCAUCUCGUGCAACUUUUGAACUUCUUUUCCUCUUUGGGUUGGCAUCAUCGAUGUUGUCAAGUUCCACAUCCACUUGGUAACAAAUCUCGGCAAGCUGCUUUACAGUCAAUUCUUUGUGUUCUUAUUUUUCUUUUCCUUUUUUCUAUGCUGUAUUCUUUUGGAGAUAGAGUUCUUCAGUGAAUUCCACUGUUUGAGAUGUGAGGACUGCUUCUAUGUCAUCUGCCUCUUCCAUAUAUUUCCGGUUGCAUGAAGAAUUUAAAUUUUUUCCAGAAUUCUCGUAGUUGUUUUACUCUCUUCAUAACUUUCAGUAAUUUGUCCAUCUUACACUGGUGAUUGUUCACCUUACUUUCUAGAUUUCUAGAUGACAGGAAGAUGUUGCCUUAAAUGACUUUAGAGCUGUUUCAUAACAAGUUAGAUACUCUGGCACUUUUUUCCUCAUACUGUUGUCAUCAUUGUCUGGAUGUCCUUCAUGUGAGCCACUUUUGAGGUUGAUAUUUUGUAAGAGGCAUAAAAAUGUCAAAGUAUGGGUGUGCAAUGGUCCUAGAAUAAAUGCAGGAGGAAGAAGAGGGGGGAAGGUAGAGGAGGAUGGAAUUUGAGACACAUUCAAAAUCUUGAGAACCACUCCCCUAUGCAUCAAACAGGUUGUUAUUCUGAAUCACUCAAAACAACAACAAAAAUAAAUAAAAGCUAUGAAAAAAUUGCAUUAAAGACUGUAGCCAGGGACACCAUAAAAUGAAGAUUACCUCUUUUGCUUUCCUGUAUGAAUAUAUUAAGGACAUAAAAGUAAAUAAACCCAUUGUUGCCGGGUACAUGGACUGUCCCCUGUAGUUUGUUUUGAGAAUAUUGUUUGCACUCAUAUGGCCCCACAAGUGCUCAGCCUCGAGGAACCAGUUAGUAGUCCUAAGUAAUCUUACCUGAUUUCCCCUUUCUGUGAUUUUUUUUUUCUUAUGCUAAUCAUACUGAAGUUCUUGUCAGUAAUAA